AUGGCCUCUACCUUUCCCGGGUUACAAGAGAGUUUCCAGACCAGGAGAAAGAGCGGGAAAUCCUGUUUCCUCGGCUCCAAGGCCCAAGGCCACUCCAAGCAAGUGCUUCUGGGCUGUCACAAUAACUCUUGGCCUUGCAUCUCAGGCGCCAGUGGCCAUGGCCCACUGGUCUGGCACCUUGCAGCCUUGGAGGUCAACACAGAGCGGUUUGAGAUGGAGUCCCGGGGGAUUAACCACGUGGAGGGGGGCUGGCCCAAGGAUGUGAACCCCCUGGAGCUGGAGCAGACGAUCCGGUUCCGAAAGAAGGUGGAGAAGGACGAGAACUACAUCAACGCCAUCACGCAGCUUGGCUCGAUCAUGGAGCACUGCAUCAAGCAGAAUAAUGCCAUUGACAUCUACCAGGAGUAUUUUGAUGACGAGGAUGCGGUGGAGGUGACAGAUGAGGCCCCUUCAGCUAAAACCAUCAAUGUUUUAAGGGAUCCCCAGGAAAUCAAGCGGUCAGCCACGCACCUCUCCUGGCACCCUGAUGGCAACAGAAAGUUGGCAGUGGCAUAUUCUUGCUUGAAUUUUCAACGUGCGCCCGAGGGCAUGAGCCAUGAAUCGUACAUCUGGGACCUGGAAAAUCCCAACAAGCCUGAAAUCGUCCUGAAGCCAUCGUCACCUCUUGUCACCUUGGAGUACAACCCCAAAGAUUCCCACGUGCUUCUGGGAGGCUGCUACAACGGGCAGCUGGCCUGUUGGGACACCCGGAAGGGCAGCCUGGUGGCGGAGCUGUCCACUAUUGAGUUCAGCCAUCGAGACCCCGUGUACGGCAGCAUCUGGCUACAGUCGAAGACGGGCACUGAGUGCUUCUCAGCAUCCACGGACGGGCAGGUCAUGUGGUGGGAUAUCCGAAAGAUGAGCGAGCCCACCGAGGUGGUGAUCCUGGACAUUGCCAGAAAGGAGCAGUUGGAGAAUGCCUUGGGGGCUAUCUCCCUGGAGUUCGAGUCUACUUUGCCAACCAAGUUCAUGGUGGGCACCGAGCAGGGCAUUGUCAUCUCCUGCAACCGCAAGGCCAAAACGUCAGCCGAGAAGAUUGUGUGCACCUUCUCAGGCCACCAUGGCCCCAUCUAUGCCCUCCAGAGAAAUCCAUUCUACCCUAAGAACUUCCUGACUGUGGGCGACUGGACCGCCCGCAUCUGGUCAGAAGACAGCCGGGAGUCGUCCAUCAUGUGGACCAAGUACCACAUGGCUUACCUAACCGAUGGCGCCUGGAGCCCAGUGAGGCCAGCGGUUUUCUUCACCACCAGAAUGGACGGGACCCUGGACAUCUGGGACUUCGUGUUCAAGCAGUGUGACCCUGCCCUCAGCCUCAAGGUGUGCGACGAGGCCCUCUUCUGCCUCCGGGUGCAGGACAACGGAUGCUUCAUUGCCUGUGGCUCCCAGUUGGGGACGACCACGCUGCUGGAGGUCUCGAAUGGGCUGUGCACCCUCCAGAAGAAUGAGAAGAACAUGGCUUCUUUGCACUGUGGGCACACCGUGGCACUGAACCCCCCGGUGCCGAGGCCCUGGGCGAGCCCCCUGGCUCUGCCCAAGGUUGUGGGCCCACCACUGAGCAGGUACUCCCCUGACCCAGGGCCCCACGGUCGGAGCCUGGGCACCGUCGCCUUCUUCCUCACCAAGGUCCUGUCCUUCCACCUCUUCAUCUGCCUCCAGACCCGGCUGUUUCUGCCAAAGAAAGACAGUGCAGAACCGUUGGGGGAGGAGACAGGGAAGGAGACAGGGAAGAUGGACCACCAGGACCCGGAGGCGGGCGCUCCACCAUCACCAUCAGGAGAGCCUUGGUUGCUAGUGGGGUACACGGAGGCGGGCUCUAACGUGAAACAUCCCGAGUCGUAUACAGGUGCUCCCCUGCAGCACUCGGGCGGGCAGCCCGGGCGGAGACAACUCUGCACCCCCUCUGCCUUUGGACAGCGGGUGAGGACACGGCGCCAGAGACCCCAGCCGCAGCCACGAUGCACGCUGUGCCCUUGGAAACACCAGGCAGCCGGCCGCCGCCCCGAGACGCCCAGACAGACAGACACCGGCGGCAGAGGCCGCCACGGAUGUGCGCGGCUGCCAGCGGGAGCCCGCCGGGCGCCCCCUGGAGGCGGCGGGAGAGGGACCCUGGGCACGAGCCGGGGGCCGCAGGAGGAGCCGAGGGGCUACCAAACGGACGCGGCGGCGCCGGGAGGACGCAGGGCCGCCCUGCAGGGGCUGGAGGGACGCACGGGCGGGCAGUCGCCCGCGGAAAGCGGCGCAGGCUCGGGCGCCUCCCCGGCGGAGGCGGCCAGCUCUCGCCAGCAGCGCGGAAGGGGCGGGGGCGCAGAGGCCCUCCCCUUGCCCCGCCUCCCGGUCAGCGCCCUUGGCCGCGGGCGCGUUGUUGGUUUCGGGUUGUCAGGCAGCGGCAGCGGCAGCGGCGCAGGGAGCCUGCGAGGGACCCGGCGGCGGUGGGGGUGCGGCUCGGCCAUGCCCGCUGUCGUGGCCUGA